AUGAAGGCUCUUUUAUUGGACAACAUUGUCACCAAGGAGUUUUAUAAUAUAAGAGUAGGCAUAAGAGGAUUGAUACCAAUUGAAACGCCGAUCCAGAUAUACGUCGAGGAUAUGGCACCAAAACAGCCUAACACAGGCCUCUUUGUUGGAUUGAACAAAGGUCAUGUUGUGACUAAGAAGGAGUUAGCUCCUCGCCCAUCUGAUAGAAAAGGCAAAACAAGCAAAAGGUCGCAUUUUGUGAGGAAUUUAAUCCGUGAGGUAGCUGGAUUUGCACCAUAUGAGAAGAGGAUUACUGAGUUGUUGAAAGUUGGAAAGGACAAACGUGCCCUUAAGGUCGCCAAGAGAAAGUUGGGUACCCACAAGAGAGCAAAGAAGAAGAGAGAGGAGAUGUCAAGUGUUCUUCGCAAGAUGAGGUCUGGUGGAGGUGCAGAGAAGAAGAAGAAGUUUAUGAAGAUGUGUAACUACAUUAAACAUCUCCAUGAAACAACAAAUUGGAAAUCUGUGGAAUGUGCAGCUAAAGACAGAGUUUUAGCAGUUCAAAUGGGUGCCUGUCACAUGUGGCUGAAUGACCAAAGAUAA